AUGGCUUCUCAAGCAGAAUUUCGCCGUGCAUCCGGGAUAUCUAAUGCAGAGAAUGGCACCAACAACGAUAAGGCCAACCAGACAUUGGAGGAUCUAGGUUAUACACCAGAGCUCGCACGAAACCGAUCCGUCUGGCAGGUUACCUUUAUGUGCUUCAUUCUCUCCUCGGUUCCUUACGGCUUAUCAACAACCUUGUACUACCCGCUUGCUGCAGGCGGUCCGGCCAAUAUUGUCUGGGGUUGGGUUUUGGUUUCAUGUCUGAUCAUGUGUGUGGGCAUUUCGCUGGCCGAAAUUACCUCUGUUUAUCCAACUGCUGGUGGUGUCUACUACCAAACCUUCGUCCUCGCUCCUCCGUGGUGCCGUCGCGUCGCAUCAUGGAUUUGCGGUUGGUCGUACGUCGCUGGAAAUAUCACCAUCACUCUGGCUGUCAACUUCGGAACAACCUUGCUACUUGUCGCCUGUCUCAAUGUCUUCGAAAAAUCUCCUGGUGUGGGUCUUACCGAUGAUUUCCAAGAUUAUCAGACUUUCCUGAUUUUCUUGGCCAUCACCCUUUUGACUCAUGCUAUUCCGUCAUUGAUGAACAAAUAUCUGCCCUAUAUCGAGACAUUCGCCAUCUUCUGGACUAUUGCAGGCUUGGUUGCCAUUGUUGUCUGUCUCCUUGCUAUUGCAAAGGAAGGUCGUCAUGAGGCUUCUUGGGUGUUUGGCGAAUUUGUGCCCCAGGCUGGCUGGCCAGCAGGAUGGUCCUUCUUCAUCGGUCUGCUGCAGGCGGCCUAUGCCACCUCAGCGACCGGUAUGAUUGUCUCUCUCUGUGAAGAGGUCCAGGAACCCGCUGUCAUGGUCCCCAAGGCCAUGAUUGGCACCGUUAUGAUCAACACCAUUGCGGGUCUCAUCUUCCUAAUCCCCGUCUGCUUCGUCCUCCCCGAUCUGACCAUGUUGGUCAACCUCGCCUCCGGUCAACCCACCCCCGUGAUCUUCCAGAAAGCUAUUGGAAACUCCGCAGGAGCCUUCUGUCUCUUGAUUCCCCUGUUGGUUCUUGGAAUUAUUUGCGGUAUUGGAUGUGUGACUGCCACAUCCCGCUGCACAUGGGCAUUUGCUCGUGACGGUGGUAUUCCUGGUUCGGGCUGGUGGCGUGUCGUCAACAAGAAGCUUGACAUUCCGCUCAAUGCCAUGAUGCUGGGUAUGGUAGUUGAGAUUGCUCUGGGUGCCAUUUACUUUGGUUCUACGGCCGCUUACAAUGCCUUCUCUGGUGUUGGUGUCAUCUUUUUGACUUUGAGUUACGCCUGUCCUAUUGCAGUUUCUCUGUUUUUCCGUCGUCGACAGGAUAUUAAGAACGGCCACUUCGACUUUGGCAUUGUUGGUGCUAUUGCCAAUGUCGUUGCUCUCUGCUGGAGUGUUCUUGCCAUUCCACUGUUCUGCAUGCCAACCUUGGAGACGGUAACUAAGGAGAGCAUGAAUUAUGCUUCUGUCGUGUUUGUUGGGUUUGUGCUUAUUGCAGGUGUUUGGUACGCCGUGUGGGGAUACAACAACUACCAAGGCCCUCCCACCGACGCCAUUGGGCGCGACAGCGACUCCAUGCCCGAUUCCAUGCCCGAAGCAACCGCCGACAUUCAAAAAACCAAGAGCCGAUAA